AUGCCUCAAUCCAGCCAGCAUUGGGUGUCUCAGUCCCUAAACGUGUCAGAGCAAGGACUCCCAGAAUUUGUGGGAAAUGUGAAGCAGAAUUUCAACAGCAUUACGUGCACAGUGAUGCCUCCGCAGUCCAAUAGCUGCACAACAGACUACAGAUUCACAGAGGAGGGGCAGCCACAGAUUCUGUGGAGUGAUGGACAGCUGGGGAACAAGCAACUUGCUUUCCAGCAGCAGUUUCUUCAAAUGCAGCAGCUUCAACAACAGCAUCUUCUAAACCUCCAGAGGCAGGGACUGGUGACACUGCAACCUGGACAGCCCACAGUACCACUGCAAACACUCGCACAAGCAAUGUGUCCAGCAGACCUUCAACAACUGUGGAAAGAAGUGACCAGUGUGCAAAGCAUGGAGGACCCUCAGAAGAGUGAGAGUCUCGACCUCUCAACCAGCAGCUCCACCUCUACCUCUUUCCUAACAUCAAAGAGCUCACCUUCAAUAUCCCACCAUCCUUUGUUGAAUGGGCAGAACUCCGUUCACACUCCAAAGAGAGAAAGUUUGUCCCAUGAAGAAGCCACAGGUGUCCACCCUCUGUUUGGACAUGGGGAAUGCAAAUGGCCAGGUUGUGAAGCUCUCUGCGAUGAUGUGGGACAGUUUCUAAA